AGUGUACCCUCCCCCGCUGCCCUUGCAUCUCUGCCCGCUGCCCCUUUCCCUUUGUCUGCCCCCCCCCCCUCUCCACCCUUUGCAGAGUGAUGUCUGCCCCGACGAGCGACCGCCCGAUCUCGCCGGCCCCCCCGGCGCCCGCGGACGAUGGCGAGCAAAACCCCUCGGCCCUGGGGACCAAGAAGUACUGGGACGACCAGUAUAAGCUGGAGCUGAAGAACCAUGCCUCCCACGGCGACAUCGGCGAAGUCUGGUGCGUGCCUUGCCUUGUGGCGUUUGCCGCGCCUGGGCCGCACCCUGGUGGGGCUGCUGUGCGCAUCCUUCGACUGACCCUUUGGCAUGGGGCUGCAUCGGGCGCGGGACCGGCUGGUGCGCAGGUUCGGCGAGCAAAGUGCCACCAAGAUGGUCACCUGGUGCAAGAAGACCUUCAUUGGCGAGGGCGAUGAGGAUGACCCCGCGCGGUCGGGCCUCCGCGUGAUGGACCUCGGCUGCGGCAACGGGCACAUGCUCUUCCUGAUGGCGGCCGCCGGGUUUACCGCGCUACAUGGGUGUGACUACAGCCCGGCGGCGGUGGAGCUGUCUCGGCGCCUGGCCGCGCAGAUCGGGCUGCCUGUCGAGGUCCUGAGCCUGCCGGAGGCCGCGCCCGGGUCUGGAUCCGAAUCGGAGUCGGAGUCGGAGUCGGAGUCGGAGCCGGAGUCGCACGACGCCAGCGAUGCCGACGAGGCGGACAGCCCAUUUGACUUUGACGAGGAGGAGGAGGACAACGUCCGCCACAGCCGCCUGUCGCUGUUCCGCCUGGACCUCCUGGACGCGGCGUCGGUCCAGGCGCACCUGGACCUGGCCGGCGGUCCCUUUGACAUUGUCCUGGACAAGGGCACCUACGAUGCCAUUUCCCUCAACUCCCCGAGCGCGCGCAAGCUCUUCAUCAAGCACCUACCCAUGCUGGUCUCCCCGUCUGGCGGGCACUUUGUCAUUACCUCCUGCAACUGGACCACCGAGGAGCUGAAGGAGCACUUUGCCGCUUUCGAGCCGGUGGCCGUGCUCCCGCAGCGGUCCUUCAUGUUUGGCGGCCGCUCCGGCCAGAAUGUCUCCUCGGUGGCCUUCCGUGUCCGCGCCUAAGCACCAGCGGGCCCACUUGCACACUGGGCGGUUGUCCGGCGCCGGGAACCGGGCCGUCCAGUGCGCGGAAUAGAGCAACCCCCUUCGCCGCUGAUCCGCCACAAACGCGCUCUCAUCCUCCAAAACCUCUGUCCUCUGCC